AGGAGGUGGAAAGAAGGGGGGCGCUGUCACGGAGACUCAGGCCGCCGGAGACCCCGCCACAGCGAGGCCACUGGGCUUCCCGGUCGCGGGGCGUAAGCGGCGCCGACCCGGGGCGCCAGGGGGACCCACCGGGCGGAGGAGGGGGCCCAUCUACCCUUCCGCAUUUUCCUGGGUCUCUCUCCCGGGCGGUGACGUGACGUGCUGACGGCGGGCCCGUGCCGGGGAGCUGGGCCGCUUUUUGUCAGCUCCGAGCUCGGCCCCUCCUCCCUCCCUCCGCCCGCCCCACCAGCCGGAGCCCGGCCCAGUGCUCCAGAGAAAGGCCGGCCUGAAGCACCCGCCACCGUCGCCGACCGCCCGCACUCCCGUCCGGUGAGUCCCGGGUGCCGCCGCGGCCGUGGGGCCUAGUUUGCGGGCGGCGGCCUGGUCCCGGCCUGGUCGGCGGCCCGCGAGGCGCCCUCCCGCGCUAGGCCGGGCGGCGUGGCGUGCGACGCUGAGCAGGCCCUGAGGAGGCCGCAGUUAGGCCCGGGGAGGAGCCCGGCUACCCUGAGCGGCGGCGGAGGCGAGCUCCGAGCUGUGACUGAUGAGAAUAGAAGGCCAUGGAUGAAGAUGGACUUGAAUUACAACCACAAGAGCCAAACUCAUUUUUUGAUGCAACAGGAGCUAGUGCUACACACAUGGAUGGUGAUCAAAUUGUUGUGGAAGUACAAGAAACUGUUUUUGUGUCAGAUGUUGUGGAUUCAGACAUAACUGUGCAUAACUUUGUUCCUGAUGAUCCAGACUCAGUUGUAAUCCAAGAUGUUAUUGAGGACGUUGUUAUAGAAGAUGUUCAGUGCCCAGAUAUCAUGGAAGAAGCAGAUGUAUCUGAAACAGUCAUCAUUCCUGAGCAAGUGCUGGACUCAGAUGUAACUGAAGAAGUUUCUUUAACACAUUGCACAGUCCCAGAUGAUGUCUUAGGUUCUGACAUUACUUCAGCCUCUAUGUCUAUGCCAGAACAUGUCUUGACAAGUGAAUCUAUACAUGUGACUGAUGUUGGACAUGUUGAACAUGUGGUUCAUGAUAGUGUAGUAGAAGCAGAAAUCGUCACUGAUCCUCUGACCACCGAUGUAGUUUCAGAAGAAGUACUGGUAGCAGACUGUGCCUCUGAAGCAGUCAUAGAUGCCAAUGGGAUCCCUGUGGACCAGCAGGAUGAUGACAAAAACAACUGUGAGGACUACCUUAUGAUUUCCUGUAAGUCUUGGGGUAUGGUGAUUGUAAGAAAUAUUUUUGAGGCUGCUUUUCCUAACUUAACAUCAGAUGUUUGACUGAAUGUUGACAAAAUUAAAAUAAAGCUCAUAGACUUACUCAAUUUUAGUUUUAGUUUGGAGCCUGUAAGAUAACUCAAAAUUAAGAAAUUUGAAAUGGUGCAGAGUAAAGACUUAUUUCUAUAUAAAGACACAAUAAAAAUUUCUGCAGUCUAGAAAGACACAGUCUAUAAGGAAUGGAACUGAACUUUGUGAAGUCAUGAAGGAUGUAAUGAGGCUGUUACCUGUAUUAGAAUUAGGAACUCUCUUGAAACUUAAAAAGGAGUUCAACUUGGAAAAAUGCAUGACCAAACUACUUAUAUUGUUUUAUGCUUAUAGGUACAGGAAACACCAUUGGACAGAGAAAACCUGAAGUAAACACUUAAUGUUCUUGGAUGCACAGUACUGCUUAUGUAAUACUUAUGCACUUACUAUAGUUAUAUGUAAAAUACUAGUUAUAUAAUGACACAGAAAAGAACUCUGGCAUAGUACUGAAACAUUUCACGUAUGAUGAAUUCAUAUUAGAUUAUUGAAGAAAAGUAAGAUGUUUUGGAACAUACCUCUAAAUGUUUAACUUGGCAUCUGGGAGGACAGUCAUAUCUUCUUACAAUAUUUUUCUUGGCACCACUUUUCAGAUAUAAAAUUAUAGAUUGGAUAGACCUAGACUACAGUUCUGACCCACUAUGGAAAUCCUUAUUCUUUAAGGAGCUAAACUUCAAAUAAAGAUUCAUAGGGUCUUAAAUUGGAAUUUGGGGAUUCCAAGAAGGAAUCCUUCAGGUACCAGUUCCAUAGCACUCUAUUGAACAGUAGGACUAAGAUCCUAAAAGUCCUUCAGGGAACUCUGCCCUGGGACUGAACACAAUAACUCCAUUGCAUGCGGCUUGGAUCGACUAAGUUGUGUUGUUUUAAGUACACUUGUCUGACAGCUUCAAUUUUACCCAUCUUGGUAACCAGGCAUACCCUCUUCUUUAGCACCGCAAUUUUUUUUUUUUCCUUCAGCACAGAUAUUUAAGUGAUUUAAGUGAGCCAGAGGCAAAAAGAGCCAUGACUAAAAGUCUUCAUAGCUAUUGGCCAAGAGAGAUAAUGAGCUGACCGUUUAUUUUAACCUUGAAAGUAAAAUUGUCUAUGAUAUUUUUCACUACCUAUACACAGAACAGUAAAAAGUUUAACAGCAAAGUAUUUAUUUGAUGCCUUCUGUCUUUAUGAAAUGUACUAGCAAGUUGUGUUAAUAUUGUACUCAGCCCGUCUCAUUCAUUUGCACAGCAUUGGGAACAUUAUGUGUAUUUACCUUAAACAUAAACAAAUCCCUGAGAGUGUCCUGUAUUUGGAUUGUGAUGUAUAGACUCAAGCUAACUUAGCUGCCUGUUUUUUUUCACACUUUUUGAAAAAUCUGUGAAGAACAUAGUAAGUUAAGGAUCUUCAACUUGGAAAAUGUACAGGAUGUGAAACUAGGGUGCUAUGCUAAAAAUACAUGUAUGAUAGCUUAACUGGCAACAAAAAAUACAGACUAUUUAUACAUUUACAAGAGUAUUUGCUUGUGUAUAGGGACUUAAUAUAGCAUUGCAGUCUAUCAGCACUUUAGGAAAUACCUUUUAAAAGUUACUGAGAUUUUUAAAAUGAAAGAAUUCUUUGUAAGGAGGAAGAAAAUACUUUCAUUCAACAUUAUAUUUAUUGGACCCCUAUGU